AGCUAGUUUUGCCAUCCCUCGUCAAAUGAAAAUAUAAACAAAUAGUUUUUAUUUAAAACAUGAAUGAAUAUGAGGCUCAGUUGCUUGUGGUGGAACAGGCACUGAAUGCCCCAGAUACAGACGACUCACAAAGAGAUGAGCUAUUAUCCCUAAAAUGCAGUUUACUGGAGCUCUUGGCGCUGACAAAGGACACUGACGUCGAAAAUGAGACUAAGGAAAACGAGGUUGAAGCUCAGCAACCAAGCGAAGCCGACAACAAGAGUUUGGAAGAUGAACUGGCACGUUUUAAGAAUAAAUUAAACGAUUUAGAACAGUCGCCACAUUCUGCAAAUGCCGAUGAGGAGAAACAAUUGGAAGACUUGCGUACCAAAUACCAAGGAAUGGUGGGCGAGAAAUGUUCGGCACCACAUGAGCACAGUUGGGGUGCUAUAAGUUAUUAUAAUGCAUUAAUUUGUGCAGUUGAUGAUGAAGUGAUUGUAAAUAGUAACGGAGUUUUGGAUGUUAGAUUGCGAGUCCUGUACACAAAUCCUACCCAUCGUGAGAUGCUGCCUUGUACCUUUUAUCUGGAGGGGGAAUGUCGAUUUGAUGAAAUACGUUGUCGAUUCUCUCACGGCGCUUUAGUUCCCGGGUCAUCGAUUAGAGAGUACCAGCCUCCGGAUUUUCAUAAAUUGGCACGCAAUUGUCCUGUUUUGGCCAAGUUACAGGAUCGACUGUGGCACCGUGGACGAGUCUUAUGUGUGAAUUUUGUGGAGCAAAACUGUCUUGUGCGUCUCGAUGGACAGGAGCAUAAAGAACGUGAAAGAGAUUUUAAGUUCGAGGAUGUGUUUCCUCUAACUACAGCGGAUAACGAAGACGAAGAAUUGAGUAGCGCAGACGAUGACAGCGAAUACAAUGAAAGUGAUUCGGAGGAAGUCGAUGAUAUGGAAGCAGCUAGACAAGCACGUCUAGUGGAACUAAGUUUAUUCACAAUUAAAUCAACUGAACGGUUGGGCGCUUGGGAGGAAUACACAAAAGGUAUCGGUUCAAAAUUAAUGGAAAAAAUGGGUUACAUUCAUGGCACUGGACUUGGCUCUGAUGGUCGUGGUAUUGUAACGCCAGUAAGUGCUCAAAUUCUACCUCAGGGACGAUCUCUCGAUGCCUGUAUGGAACUGCGUGAGGCAGCCAAUGGCGAUAAGGAUUACUUCAGUGUGGAGCGUAAAUUAAAACGUGCCCAGCGACGACAACAGGCGGUCAAUGAGAAAGCCUACGCUCGUGAUGCGCAGCGCACUGAUGUCUUCUCUUUUUUAAACGGGAGUGUCCUCGGUGCUGCCCCCAAUACUGGUGGCGACUCAAAAGAGCCUGAAACCAAGAAAUCAAGGACCAAUGACCUCCAAGAACACUCCACCAAGACACUGAAUGUGGAAUCAGUGCGUCUGGCCGAUGACAUUCGACGCAAACAACGCGACAUAGCGAAAGUGAAGCAAUCACUAGACAGGAAUUCAAACGAUAAGCAGCUCCAGAAACGGUUGCAGGCCCAACUACAAAGCCAACAGGACGAACUCACAUCGUUGCAGGCCCAAGAGCGAAGUCUAAGUAAGGAGCAACAGACUAGAAAAAGCAAGAAUAAAAUGUUUGAAUUUUAAAAAUAUGUUUUAUAA